CAACUGGGCCGACCGGAACUCCAGAACAACCAGGUGUACCGCAAUAUCCCGGACAACCUCAAGGACCGCACGGUCCGGAAGGAACACCACGGCGGCCAGAAGAACCAAGUGGGCCGACCGGAACUCCAGAAAAACCAGGUGGACCGCAAUAUCCCAGAGGACCUCAAGAACCGAACGGUCCGUUUGGAACACCUGAACGGCCAGGACAGCCGCAGGGUCCCGAAGGAAUACCACGGCGCCCAGGAGAACCAAGUGGGCCGACCGGAACUCCAGAACAACCAGGUGGACCGCAAUAUCCCAGAGGACCUCAAGAACCGAACGGUCCGUUUGGAACACCUGAACGGCCAGGACAGCCGCAGGGUCCCGAAGGGAUACCACGGCGGCCAGGAGAACCAACUGGGCCGACCGGAACUCCAGAACAACCAGGUGUACCGCAAUAUCCCGGACAACCUCAAGGGCCGCACGGUCCGGAAGGAACACCACGGCGACCAGGAGAACCAAGUGGGCCGACCGGAACUCCAGAACAACCAGGUGGACCGCAAUAUCCCGGACAACCUCAAAGACCGCACGGUCCGUUUGGAACACCCGAACAGCCAGGAGAGCCGCAGGGUCCCGAAGGAAUACCACAGCGGCCAGGAGAACCAACUGGGCCGACCGGAACUCCAGAACAACCAGGUGUACCGCAAUAUCCCGGACAACCUCAAGGGCCGCACGGUCCGGAAGGAACACCACGGCGACCAGGAGAACCAAGUGGGCCGACCGGAACUCCAGAACAACCAGGUGGACCGCAAUAUCCCAGAGGACCUCAAGAACCGAACGGUCCGUUUGGAACACCUGAACGGCCAGGACAGCCGCAGGGUCCCGAAGGAAUACCACGGCGCCCAGGAGAACCAAGUGGGCCGACCGGAACUCCAGAACAACCAGGUGGACCGCAAUAUCCCAGAGGACCUCAAGAACCGAACGGUCCGUUUGGAACACCUGAAGGGCCACGACAGCCGCAGGGUCCCGAAGGAAUACCACGACGCCCAGGAGAACCAACUGGGCCGACCGGAACUCCAGAACAACCACGUGGACCGCAAUAUCCCGGACAACCUCAAGGACCGCACGGUCCGUUUGGAGCACCCGAACAGCCAGGACAGCCGCAGGGUCCCGAAGGAAUACCACAGCGGCCAGGAGAACCAACUGGGCCGACUGGAACUCCAGAACAACCACGUGGACCGCAGUAUCCCGGACAACCUCAAGGACCGCACGGUCCGGAAAGAACACCACGGCGGCCAGGAGAACCAAGUGGGCCGACCGGAACUCCAGAACAACCAGCUGGACCGCAAUAUCCCAGAGGACCUCAAGAACCGAACGGUCCGUUUGGAACACCUGAACGGCCAGGACAGCCACAGGGUCCCGAAGGAAUACCACGACGCCCAGGAGAACCAAGUGGGCCGACCGCAACUCCGGAACAACCAGGUCGACCGCAAUAUCCCAGAGGACCUCAAGGACCGCACGGUCCCGAAGGAAUACCACGGUGGCCAGGAGAACCAACUGCGCCGACCGGAACUCCAGAACAACCAGGUGUACCGCAAUAUCCCGGACAACCUCAAGGACCGCACGGUCCGGAAGGAAUACCACGGCGGCCACGAGAACCAAGUGGGCCGACCGAAACUCCAGAAGAACCAGGUGGACCGCAAUAUCCCAGAGGACCUCAAGAACCGAACGGUCCGUUUGGAACACCUGAACGGCCAGGACAGCCGCAGGGUCCCGAAGGAAUACCACGGCGGCCAGGAGAACCAAGUGGGCCGAACGGAACUCCACAACAACCAGGUGGACCACAAUAUCCCGGACAACCUCAAGGACCGGGCGGUCCGUUUGGCACACCUGAAUGGCCAGGACAACCUCAGGGUCCCGAAGGAACACCACGUCGGCCAGGAGAACCAAGUGGGCCGACCGGAACUCCACAACUACCAGGUGAACCACAAUAUCCCGGAGAACCUCAAGGACCGGGCGGUCCGUUUGGCACACCUCAACGGCCAGGACAGCCGCAGGGUCCCGAAGGAAUACCUAGGCGGCCAGGAGAACCAAGUGGGCCGAACGGAACUCCACAACAACCAGGUGGACCCCAAUAUCCCGGACAACCUCAAGGACCGGGCGGUCCGUUUGGCACACCUGAAUGGCCACGACAGCCGCAGGGUCCCGAAGGAAUACCACGGCGCCCAGGAGAACCAAGUGGGCCGACCGGAACUCCAGAACAACCACGUGGACCGCAAUAUCCCGGACAACCUCAAGGACCGCACGGUCCGUUUGGAGCACCCGAACUGCCAGGACAGCCGCAGGGUCCUGAAGGAAUACCACGGCGGCCAGGAGAACCAAGUGGGCCGACCGGAACUCCACAACAACCAGGUGGACCCCAAUAUCCCGGACAACCUCAAGGACCGGGCGGUCCGUUUGGCACACCUGAAUGGCCACGACAGCCGCAGGGUCCCGAAGGAAUACCACGGCGCCCAGGAGAACCAAGUGGGCCGACCGGAACUCCAGAACAACCACGUGGACCGCAAUAUCCCGGACAACCUCAAGGACCGCACGGUCCGUUUGGAGCACCCGAACUGCCAGGACAGCCGCAGGGUCCUGAAGGAAUACCACGGCGGCCAGGAGAACCAAGUGGGCCGACCGGAACUCCACAACAACCAGGUGGACCACAAUAUCCUGGACAACCUCAAGUACCAAACGGUCCGUUUGGCACACCUGAACGACCAGGACAGCCGCAGGGUCCCGAAGGAAGACCACAGCGCCCAGGAGAACCAAGUGAGCCGACCAGGACUCCAGAACAACCAGGUGGACCACAAUAUCCCGGGAAACCUCAAGGACCGCAGAGUCCGUUUGGCACGCCUGAACGGCCAGGACAGCCGCGGGUUCCCGAAAGAACACCCCACAGGCCAGGAGAACCAAGUGGGCCGACUGGAUCUCCACAACAACCAGGUGGACCACAAUAUCCUGGACAACCUCAAGGACCGCACGGCCCCUUUGGCACACCUGAACGGCCAGGACAGCCGCAAGGUCCCGAAGGAAGACCACAGCGUCCAAGAGAACCAAGUGAGCCGACCAGAACUCCACAACAACCAGGUGGACCCCAAUAUCCCGGACAACCUCAAGGACCGGGCGGUCCGUUUGGCACACCUGAAUGGCCACGACAGCCGCAGGGUCCCGAAGGAAUACCACGGCGCCCAGGAGAACCAAGUGGGCCGACCGGAACUCCAGAACAACCACGUGGACCGCAAUAUCCCGGACAACCUCAAGGACCGCACGGUCCGUUUGGAGCACCCGAACUGCCAGGACAGCCGCAGGGUCCUGAAGGAAUACCACGGCGGCCAGGAGAACCAAGUGGGCCGACCGGAACUCCACAACAACCAGGUGGACCACAAUAUCCCGGACAACCUGAAGGACCGAGCGGUCCGUUUGGAACACCUGUAGGGCCAGGACAGCCGCAAGGUCCCGAAGGAACACCACAGCGACCAGGAGAACCAAGUGGGCCGACCAGAACUCCACGAGGACCAGGCUGGCCGCAACGUCCCGGGAAACCUCAGGGUCCAUUUA